CAUCAUCUUUCCACGAAAAGGUGAUCGGCCUUUUUCACUGUUCUAGGGGAGCUAUCUUCGCUGGAGUACAUAAUUGAUUGUCGACGCUAUACAAAUCGAACGAAGCCAUGGGACGUACGGAGAAAUCUCAAGGGUUAGCACCACCUGCCGUGCGCAAAGUUGUUCGAGCGAAACAAGCCCGGCAGAUCAUCAACACGCAGGUCGUCAAGAUUUUGGCCUCAAAUGCACGGGCAAAGAGAGGGGCAGAAGGGAGUAUUUUGAUAGCCGAUCCUGGGCCAGUGAUAUUCGGGGCGAGUGAGAAGGAAACCGAGGAUGGCGAGACAUAUGUUAAAAGGAAAGGCCAAGGGCGACGAAAAGUCAGGGAUACUGAGCCGAUGCUGGGAAAUCAGGAUCAUGGCAAGAGAAACACCAAAAAGAGAAACGAUUCAUUGGACGACCAUAUCCCGGAUUUGACUUCAGCUGCGGCGGUGUCAGAUUCACCGAAACGCGAGCUAAAGAUUCGUAUCAUAGCAACAGAUACACUUACUGCAGCACACAUGCUGGCCUUGCCUUCACAAUACGGCGAGCCCGACAUCAAACCCACAAAGAAGUCUCCAAACGUUUGCGUGCUAAACCACGCUUCUCCUUUGAGACCAGGCGGUGGAGUCUUUUCAGGCGCAACGUCACAGGAGGAAUUUCUAUGUUCUCGCACCACUCUCUACCCCUCACUGAAAGAAUCUUUCUACCGUCUCCCAGAAAUCGGAGGCAUCUACACACACGAUGUUCUGGUGUUUCGAAACUCGUUGGGGCUAGGCUGUAAGGAAGGUGAGCUGGGCCAUCACCACUCAUACUGGAUCGAUGUAGUUUCGGCUGGCAUGUUGCGCUUCCCGGAGUUGGAAGGGGAAGAAGACGAAGUCAAGAGAUUUAGCAAGAAGGAUAUGGAGCUCGUGGAGGCAAAGAUGCGCGGUGUACUUCGCAUCGCGACGUCCAAAGGGGCAAAGAGAUUAGUCCUCGGAGCCUGGGGGUGUGGAGCCUAUGGCAACCCUGUUGCAGAUAUAGCAAGAUCGUGGAAGAAGGUGAUCAACGGUGGGAAACCAACUGGUAAGAGAAGCCGGAUCACAAAAGACAUCGAGUCGUGGCCCGAUCUGGAAGCCGUCAAUUUCGCAAUACCCAAUCGCAAGAUGGCAACUGAAUUCGCUUCCGCCUUCGACAAUAGCCUCGAAGUUGAAGUGGGGCCGCAUGAAGCUGACGAGGACGAGGAGGAAGAAGAGCAAGAUGCUGUAGCCUCUGAGCUACGAGACAAGAUACAGGAAAUUGAGAGUCAGUUGAGUAGCGUGUGGAAUCCAGCACUGAAACACAGAUUGAGUGCUAUGCUCGAUGGGUUAAAAACACAAUUAGGAGAACGAGUUGGUGAAGUGGAAGUGGAUGAUACAGACGAAGAGCAACAAGAGGGCGGUGUGCCUGUUGCAGGCGAUAGUGAUGACGGAAUCUGACACUUCCUACGCUAUCGUAGUCUUUGAAGUGGGGCCACUUUGUACCGGAUGAAGUGAAUCUAUGAACGACCAAGAUGUUAUCAUCGUUAGAUUCCCAAAACAUCGUCAUGCCACAAUCUCCACCACUCGUAUACUGCAAUUCCUCCUGCUGUCUGCACAUUAAGGCUUCUUGUAACGCCCACAGUUCGUAUCUCUACACAGCGAUCUACAACUGCAAGAACCUCAGCUGUGAUUCCUCCUUUUUCACUUCCCAGUACAAGCACACACUUCUGGGGGAGUGUGCCCGAGUCUUUGCGGCUACCAGUCGUAUAGAUUGCGUCUUUCGUGUCCGCAUCGCUGUCUUUCCCCUCAUCUCCAAGCAUGCCACUCCGAUCUGUCUGCUCGAUACCAACAACUGCGUACCCCUUCCUCUUCAUCU